AACUCGCUCGUAUAGGUAUACUACAAUUCUGUUUCCCAGUUUUAGUCCUCGCUCAACAUUAGUCUAAGCCGGCCAACUAGUAUAAUGUGGUUCAAAUAUCAGAAGAAUUUCGUGCAAACGGGUUGAGACACAAACGCCAUGAUUUCCAAGUGCUAAUCGAUUGUUAAUUUUGAGUAGUGAAGCUUCCAUAUUCGUCUCACGCGCGGAUAGCAUUACAUUCACACCACACACGACAGCACUUGACCUACAUAUUUCAGUUAGCCAGAAGCUUGAAGACAUGUCGGAGAAACGAAAGCUAGAUAAAAGAAAGCCUGAAAACUCUUUAAAAAUAAAACAUGAAGAUAAACCUUCUGGAGCAGCGAAUGAAACAACACCACAAGUAGAGAAUGUUAACUGUUUUUUCGACCUGCGAACGAAGCGAGGACAGCUUUUGUUCUUUAUCGUAACUGUUCUUGCGGCCUCAUUGACUCAAUGUCUUCCAAAGGAUGUCUUGAUCAAUAUGUUGCAUUUGACUGAACAAGAACAUUGUAAACCAGAAACGAAGAUCGUAGAAAAAAUAGUUCACAGUAUAACCACGGACAGACCGAAGUAUGUGAUAUACGGGCGAAAUCCAUCCGGGGGUCAUUUGAUUCAUGUUCACAACGUACUCCGAAGGUUGGGGCUGGAGCAAGUCGAAAACACAACAGACAAUUGGGAUUUGAUGUGGGCUCACGAUUAUCCAUAUAGAAAGCUCAAUUUGCAUCACCUGAAACCACACCAACUGGUAAACCAUUUCCCGGGUUCAGGUUACAUUACAAACAAAGUAGACUUAUCCACAACGGAUAUAAGAUAUGUUCCGAAAGCGUUCAAACUACCAAGCGAAACGAAGGAAUUCAAAGGUUUUGCUCUUAAAAAUCCAACGAAGAUGUUUGUUCAAAAAAACAAUCAACAUCGACACAUUCAAAUAAAAAAACUUGAAGAGAUUGAUUUCGGCAACAACGAAACCUUUAUUCAAGAGUUCAUUGAUAAUCCACUUCUAGUGGACGGAUAUAAAUUUGACAUCGGAGUGUACACCGUAAUCACAUCGGUUGACCCACUGCGAGUUUACAUUUACAAAGGUGAUGCCCUCUUUCGGUAUUGUCCCGUCAAAUACUACCCAUUCGAUGCGGACAAUGUCGACAAGUACAUAGUGGGAGAUGACUAUCUUCCCAGCUGGGAGGUGCCAGCAUUGAAGCCAUUCUAUACAAAGCUCGGCUUCGGAAUGAAGGAGUCUUUCGACGCGUACCUGCGCAGUGUCGGCCGUGAUCCAACGACCAUCUGGGAGCAAGUUGAAGAUGCCAUCCGAUUGGCUAUUCUCAGCAAGGAAUCUCUGCUGGCCAACAUUCUACCACGCUACGCCAGCAAGCGAAACUUCUUCGAAAUGAUGCGUUUCGAUUUAGUGGUGGACAAUACGUUGCGUGUUUUUCUCAUGGAAGCCAACAUGAGUCCUAAUUUAUCAUCCGCGCACUAUAAACCGAAUCGUCUCUUGUACGAACAAGUCAUCUAUAAUUUCCUACGCCUUGUAGGCGUGGGAUCCGACCUGCACCGAGAGUCUUUCCGCAAACGUUCCACCGAAACGGAAGCGAUGGUUUCAUCGCCGAAAAACAUCGUAGUUCAAGCGAACCGCUGUGCUGAAGCACCGUGCACCGAAUCAUGCGCUCCGGAGGAAUGUUCCCUGUGCGUUAGCUGUCUCAGUGGAGCAGAUCUCAAGGAACUGCACGGUGCCUUCCGGGAGCACAGUAACCGUGGCGAUAUGAAACGAAUUUUUCCAGUGCCAAAAGCCGACCAUCUACCGGUCGAUCCGGCGGAGAUGAGUGCCAAGAAUCGGUGGAUGAGUCACUGGUUUGAGGAAAAGUGCCAAACAGAUUCAUCUUACUGCUAUUAGACAUUCCGUUCUGCUGAAAAGAAAGUUUUUUUUUAUUACAAUGGCAAUCCAUUUCAGGUGUUGGUUUUUUUUGUCAGACCGUUACCUAUAAUUUUGGUUGUAAGUUUUAAGACAGUCAUAACAGUAGUUAUGUUUACACUAUUUUAAUGCAAAAACCUAAU